UGCCAUGAUCAUAACCAUACACUUUUAGCCAUAUAGUGUUUACAAUAUUAUUUUGUAGACAUGCAUCGGAAAUACACUUUUUCUCAACUCUAACAAAGAGCUGAGACUCUUAUCAUCAAGGCUUCUUCAGCAAAAAUGCAUGAUGUUCAGCUGCUUAUUUGUCACAUGUCCUUUUUGAUAAUGUGACUAAGCACAUUAAUUCAUACUAUGCAAAAAAGUUUCAGAGCGUAAUUCACAAAUUGUCUUAUUAUACAAACUAAAACUUUGGGUCUGGUAAACAUCUGAUAAAAAAUAGGAAGAACAGAAUUUUUGUACAACUGUUGCAUCUCAUUAGAAUACUGUACCUACAAUGUAACCAUUCAUAAAAAAUUCAUACAGAAACUAUCUUUUCUUCAGCCAUUAUAAGUUUUUUUCUGUAUCAUUAUCUGAUUUACCAGUCUUAAAAACCCACUACCCUGAGCAAUGUAGAUCUUGAUGUUACUAAAUCUGUAUCAAGUAACACAAGUUAUUAAACAGGUAUAUUGUGAUGACUGGUGCACAUUAAUAUUAUUGUUGAAAGGGAAGGUAAAAUGAAAUAAUAUUAUUAAUGGCAAUACACAGAUGGUAGAACACUGAAGGGAAAACACAAUGAUUACAUUGCUGGAAGAAUGACAUCCAGACUGACUUACAGUAUGUACAUUCGAGACCAAUAGGCCAUUUUACAGUUGUGGGGAGCAAAGAAAGUCAGUUUUACAGCCUGCCAUUUGGGCAAGCUGUAGCUAGCGUGUACUAGACCACAAGUCUUUUCAACUAGCCCAAAACCCUUUUUGAUUAGCAGGAUUGAUUACAAUCCUUCUGUAAUUUGAAUUUCCCCCAAAAAAAGCACUUGCCCGUGGGGCAAGUUACAAAAAAAAAAUCACUAGCCCGAUAGCAAAAUCCACUAGCGCUGGGCUAUCGGACACGACUUUCUUUGCAUGCUGUGUCAUAGCCUUUGAGCGAAUGUGAGGCUGAGGUUGAUAUGAUUAAACUUCCUUCCUUUUCUUAUAGAUGUAAAUUUUGUUGGAAAAAAAACAACUAUUAUGCAAAUAUGCCACCUAUUUAGAUUCCUAAGUGCCUUACAUACUUAUUUUGUAUUAUUUAUUACCUUAGAUUCCCGUUAUUUCUGACCCUACCUGUAAUUCAGUUCUCACUGCAAAAGGUAGCAAUAAACCAAUUUAUUUAUUUUAUUUAUAAGAACAACACGAUCUACAUAAUAAAGAAGGAGGGGUUGUAUAAAAACAAGGUCAACUCCAGCCUCGACUGUAACUGUGAAAUAGGCUAUUAUUGCUUUCCCUUUAGUUGUAGAUGCAGAUGUAGUGUUUGCUUAUACUAUGGACUACAUUUAUAUGGUGGCCCAGAAGGGUCACACAUGCAAAUUAAAAAUGUUGCUGCAAACUAAAAAUUUUACCUGCAAAUUAAAAACUGUACAUGCAAACUAAAAAUAUUAAAAACAUGAAACAGGAAUGGGCCGAUGGCUGAAAGGCCAGGUCGCAUGGCUCGGACCAAGUCCUUAUCACUCACACUGCGCGUGCAGGACUUUUCAUUUUUAAUUUGCAUCAAUAUGUUUUCUAUUUUCAAUUUGCAGCACAAUUUUUAGUUUGCAUGUACUAUAUUUAAUUUGCAGGUAAUAUUUUUAGUUUGCAUGUACAAUUUUUAAUUUGCAUGUACUAUUUUUAAUUUGCAGCAACAUUUUUAAUUUGCAUGUGUGACCCUUCUGGGCCACUGUACAUUUACAUGAUUGUAUUAAAUAACCAACAAAAAAGUGAUUAAGUCAAGUACAUGUAUAUGGUGGGUCCCCCCUUGAGCAUUUAUUAUAAAUUUAUUACAGUGAACCGCAUCCGUUAGGAAAGUACCCAGACGUUUACCGACUCCAAUUCUUCCCUAGUUUUGUAGUAAACAGGUGACUUAUUUGUGGUGAGGAAUGUUUUGAAAAAAAAAUUAAAAAGAUAAGGAGGUCUCUGAGUCGCUACAUGCAUCACUCCGUCAUUAAGAGGCAGUAGAGUCAGAAAUUCACAACCUGGCAAGAAACAGAGAAACUAAGCCUAAGCUUAUAUAAAACUCAACAACAUCUAAAUAAUUGAAGAUCAAGACGUUGUCUGACACAGUUUGAGUGAUAAAACAUACCAAUUAAACAGUAAGCUUACCUUUCUCCGUUUUCCCCGAGUCGGCAGGACGUUUCAGUGAAGUUGAAAAUACCUUUCCUCCUCCAAAAAAGACUAUUGUAGCAUUUUGUAAACUAAAAAUUUCACAUCCCAGCCGAUGUACUUUGCUUUAGAUGAGUUCUUUUUGCAAUGCACUCAGCAAUAUACGCAUAUAAAAAAAUCUUGUCAACGCCCCCUAUAAGUACUAUAGGCUAAGAGAAGGACAUCACACUUUGUAAACCUUUCCAUGCCAUCUUGAACGAACGAUCGAAGGAGGACUUUGGCUUUGGCAGCCAUCUUUGUUUACUCACUAACGCACGGUGAGGAGACUGAACACCACAAAAUCAAACAGCCAAUCAGACAAAAGUCUCCUUUGUUAGUCUGAUGUGGAUACAACCUCGUUCCCAGGGUUCUCUCCGCAGAGACUAGAAGGAGAGAGCCCUGGGAAUGAAAUUGCUAAUGAUACAUAAUUCAUUUGACUGCUGCUCUGAUAAAUAACUUCUGCACAGGUUGUUGAAACGUGGGUCAUGCACUGUCAACAGUCCUUGUUAUAUCUAAAUGAUGAUAUGACCAUCGCAGUUGUAAUCGCAAUUUGGGCAAUCGCGAAUUAAGCCCGAAAAAAUAUUCGUGCUUUAAUGGGAUUUAAACCCAUGGUCAUAUCGUCAUUUAGAUUUGUUUUUCCGCGGUUCACAUCUUCAUUUUAAGUCUUAUUCAUAUCCUGCGUAGCGGUGGUUUUGAUGGGAAGGGCCUGGAGAGUUAGGGGAACGCGAGCGAGCGUUCAAGUCGAAAGGAGAUGUGGCCUGUUCCAGGCUCCAAGAUAAUGGAGAAAGCAACUCGACAAAAUUUGCGCGAAAACCGCUUGGGGGCUGAGGAGAGACGGAUCGUUCCGGUUCACCAGCGCCUGAUAUAUCCUAUGAUUGGUCAAUUGUGACAUUUUGCCUCAACACUUACGUUAACAAUUUGCCUUUGUGCGCGUAGAGACUAAGCAUGUGAAACCAUCCUACACCGUACCUUUCGACGAUUUGACGUUUUGAAAUUUUACAUUUUGACACGAGAAACGGUUUUUCGUGAAGUGGGCUGGGUAGUGGCGGAUUGAGGUAUUUAGAGGGAUGCUUACAGGCUCCCCCUUUCCUCUUCCCGCCGUUAUUUCGCUCGUUUUCUUUUUUUUUUUCGGUUUUUGCUCGUUUGCACUGACCAAGAGCUUGCAACAGGCUAGGAGAGUGGAGCAGAAACAACAAGAAACGCGUUGCUGUUCGUAGCUUCGCCGCUCAUUUUUCCGGUUUAACGCCUUCUCGCGCUAACUUCCUCAUAGAAAACGACAGCUACGCAGGCUAUCUUUUUCAGCACUUAAGUUGAUUUCCUGCGUGCCGCUGCCUUUAACUUUUUGCCGUCAGUGUUUUUUUUACACUUUACAUACGAACUGAGGUUGAGUCUUGUCAAUGGUGUCAAACCAGUGCCAUUACAAAAAGUUCAAAAUGGAGGCACCCGAGAAUUUAAAAGUGUUUGUUGUAGUCAAUUUUGUUUUACCCCGAUUAAGUCAAUCUUUUAUUUAUUUCAAUUUUAGCUGGAGUCGACAGCAAGCCGUAGACUUCAUGGUAGAGAAUACUGCUAUGUCUCUUCAUAACAUAAACACUGAGAUAGAUCGUUAUAUCAUCUGGCCAGGACAGGUAGGUUGUUGUACAUCUGCUUUAGCACUUUGUCGGUGCUUCAUUUAGGCGUAAAUACAUUGAUUUAGUCUGUACCUUCUUAACUGUGUUAAGUGCUCAUAUAAAAGCUUAUGUGCUCUGCCGCGCUCCUUAAUUGCCUUCCUCCCCACCCCGCUCCGCUAAACGCAUGCUAAUCGCUUGGGGGUCGGGUGGGGGAGGUUGAGAGAUCGGUGGGAAUUUUCGUAAAGUCAUUAAGUACAGAUGAUCUCGCUUGGUUUAGAGGCGCGAGUGAGCUGUGACAUUAGGUACAAUGAAAUUUCAGAGGUGGCAGACUCAAGUCCUUAAGAUCUAGCAAAAGAAAGAGCUGAAUACAGUUGAGAUGGGAUGAUUCUGGAGUUGCGCAACACGCGAAGACUAUGCAGUCUCUCGUCUGUUGUUUCAUAUUGUGGUUCCAGGCGAAAACUUAAAACUGUAACGUGGCAUUUCGUGCAUGUAAUUUCGUUUUCAAUUGUCAUGUUUUGAAAUACAUUGGUAUUACCGUAUUUGUUUGUUUGUUUUUUCGUUAAGGCCGGGGGAGACUCGCAUUUCUUUUAUAUAUUCUUCUUCUUCUCUCUUUGCCACAGGCCUGUGCGUACAAAGUGGGUGAAAUAAAAAUCAAAGAACUUAGAAAGAAAGCAGAGCAGAAACUUGGUUAGUCGGGUUUCACUAGUAAGAACUUGUUUUUUAUUUUACAGGAUGUGUUAUCAAAGAAGACAUGAUUCUUACUAUGUCGGUACGAUUUUUUUUCAGGGGAGAAGUUUGAUAUCAAAGACUAUCACCAUGUUUUUCUUUCGGCUGGUCCUAUGGGUAUCGACACCUUGGAAGAGGCUGUGGACGAGUAUAUAGCAAACGGUUUGACGCAGUAA